UUGAUUUUAGCGAAUAAUCUAUACUUAAAGAUAUUUUUUAAAGAAUUUUAUUAUAAUAAAUAAAUUGAGAUUAAUAAGAUAUUCAAUAAAAAUUAAACUGUAAAAACUACAAUCGGCCAUUUUGAAUGAAACACCAAUCACAGCGCAUUAUGUCACGUCUAUAUAAAUGUCACUGAGAAGCUUCAGAUUUUGUUGUGUUUACGCAUAUUUAUUGAGUUUUGUAUCGAUUUGUUACCAUCAGUGCCAUUUCUCGACAUCAUUACGAUGGAGCCAGGCUAUAUAAAGGCAACAAGCUCUAAUUUACCGAGGAUUGAUAUACUGAUGUUAGGAGAAUUCCUCGCAUCAAAUAAAGAUUUUUGCUCCUCCGAGUUCAGAAAUGUAAAAACCUCCUUGUCUUCAAGACCAUCCUAUGGCGAUGAUGCAAUCAGUUAUGUACAACUGAAAAGAGAAGAGAAUGUCUGCACAGUAAAGUGCAAGAUUUGCCCGGAACAUAAAGUCCAUGCAAAGUUGUAUGCAGUCACUUUGAUAGUUGAUGAAGAUAAUGAGAAAGUCAUAUCAGUUCAGUGUCAUGAUUGUGUUGCAGGUCAGGGUGGCUGUAAACACGCCAUAGCUUUGCUGAUGUGGGUCCAUCGGCGAAGCGAAGAACCUUCAUGUACUGAAGUACAGUGCUAUUGGCUAAAAUCAAAGCUCUCAAGAGUUGGCACUACUUUAAAGUAUAUUUCAGCAAAAGAGUUAGCCAAAGGAAGCCCUAUAGUGCCAUCUAAUCAAAAAGUUUUAGAAAGAUUUUUAGAAGAAAGCAAGAAAAGAAAAACUUCCAACUGUGAAAUAUUAAAAUAUCAACAUGAUUAUGUUUUUGAUGACCUACUGAGUGCGUCAAUGCACCAUCUGGUAUUGACAUACAAAGAAGAGUGUUCUGAUGUAUUUUUAAGUAAGGUCAACUUGUCUGUUGAAAUUAUAAAUAAAAUUGAAAAUCAAACAAGGGACCAGUACAAAAAUAAUCUGUGGCAUGAACUCAGAUAUGGUAGGAUAACCGCUUCUAAAGCAUUUGAAGUAAGUCGGUGCAAGACUGAUGAUGGUACACUCAUUGCAACAAUCAUGGGGGGAAAAAUAAUAGACACACCAGCCAUGAAACGUGGGAGGUAUUUAGAAGCUCAAGUGAAAGAUAUAGUUAGCAAGAAGCUUGGGAAAAAAAUAAAAGAUAGUGGACUGUUCAUAUCAAAAAUGUAUCCCAUGUUAGCAGGUUCCCCUGAUGGAAUAUGUGACGACUGUAUUAUUGAGAUUAAGUGUCCCAUAAGUGAUAAAACUUAUUUGAAUUAUGUAAAAAAUGGUAAACUGAGUAAAAAAUGCUUUGCACAGAUGCAGAUGCAAAUGUUUCUGAGUGGCAUAAAAAACUGUUACUUUUGUGUAGCAAACCCAAAUUUUUGUAUCAAUAAAGAAGUAGAAAUUUUAUCUAUAAAAUUUGAUGAAAGUUAUAUAUCAGGAAAUUUGGAAUUUUGGAAAUCCCAUGUGUAUCCACUUUUAUAUAAAAGUAUAGAAUAG